AUGCAGGUCCCAACUUUCCCUUUGCCAGCUCUCUUUUUGUUCCUGCACUUACCUUCUUUUUUAGCCAGGAAAGAAAAUUUCCCCUGCUUUGAGCAAAUCCACCCAUGGGUGCCCAGAGAGGGAGACCUGGUUAUUGGUGGGUUUUUCCCCUUGUACUUACUGGCAGUGAAAAGUUUCACAGGAGCUGAGCAUCCACACAAGGCCUGCAAUCCACACCAGUGGCUGCACAAAAAUUACCAGCAGGUUCUGGCCCUCAUGUUUGCUGUGGAGGAGAUCAACAGAGACCCCACGCUGCUCCCAAAUACCACCCUGGGUUUUCACAUUUAUAACACCUACCACAGUGAUGCCAGGACCUUGGAGAGCUCCUUGAGAUGGCUCUCAGGACAGGGCCAGACCAUCCCAAAUUAUAGCUGUGAGAGGCAAGACAGGUCCAUGGCUGUCAUUGGAGGAGCCACCUCUGCUCUUUCUGUCCAGAUGGGGACCCUUUUGGAGCUCUACAGAUUCCCACAGUUAAGCUAUGGCCCAUUUGAUCCUGCCCUGAGUGACAAAGGCCAGUUUCCUUCUUUCUACCAGAUGGCCCCUCAGGAUUCCUCCCUGCAUCUGGGUAUUGUCCAGAUUCUACUGCAUUUUGGCUGGACCUGGGUGGGUCUCAUUGUCCCAGAUGACAUGAGAGGUGAGAAUUUCUUAUUGGACAUGCAAGAAGAGAUGAGAAGGAAUAAAGCCUGUGUUGCCUUCAUUGAGAAGAUCCCUGUGAGUGAGAGACGCCAUGAAGAAUCCCAGGUGGCUUUCAUGCCCAGGAUCAUGGCAUCAUCAGCCAAAGUGAUCAUCAUCCAUGGUGACACAGACUCCCUGAUGAUCCUGAGAUAUUCUCAGCCGCCUACAUUUUCACUUUGGAAGGUCUGGAUUAUUACAUCACACUGGGAUGUUACUAUGAGACCACACAACAAAGAUGGUGAUACUUUUCUUGGGGCUCUAAUAUUUUCACAUCAGACAAGUGAGAUUCCUGGUUUCAAAGAAUUUCUCAAGACAGUCACUCCUGUCAAAUACCCAAGGGACAUUUUCCUUAAGAGUUUCUGGGUCUCAGCAUUUGAGUGUCCAGAUGAGCCAGCUAAACUGGAGCAAGAGGACUGUCCCCUGAAUGCUUCCUUAGAGAUGCUGCCUUUGCAUUACUUUGACAUGACCAUGUUGAGCCUCAGUUACUUUGUCUACAGUGCUAUAUAUGCUGUGGCCUGGGCUCUUCAUGAAAUGCUGCAGAUGAGACCAGAAGUGGAAUCUGUGAGAGAUGAAAGGUGCCUGUCACCUCAACACUGGCAGCUUCACUUAUCCCUGAGGAACAUUGACUUUAACAACACUGCUGGGGACCAUGUGGUUUUGGAUGAGGAAAAGAAUCCUGUGGCUACAUAUGAUAUCAUGAACUUUGCAAUGAAGUCUAAUUAUGAUGAAGUUCUGGUGAAAGUGGGACAUUUUGUUCCUCUGGCCCCACUUGGUCAUGAUUUCACAAUUUGUGAGAAGAACAUAUAUAGUAACUGGCUUGAUUUGAAGGUCAAAGCCAAUAACAGGGUUCUCAGCUACACUCUCCUCAUCUCUCUCAUCUUUUGCUUCCUCUGUUCUUUGCUUUUCAUUGGCCGUCCCACCACAGUAACCUGUUUUCUUCGGCAGACAACAUUUGGAGUUGUUUUCACAGUGGCAGUUUCCUCUAUUUUGGCCAAAACCAUCAUGGUGGUUCUGGCCUUCAAGGCCACAAGACCAGGGAGCAGGAUGAGGAUGUGGGUGCAGCCUAGUGUGGCUAAUUCUCUUGUCCUCAUCUGUUCUGGGAUCCAAGUGAUUCUCUGUGGGAUAUGGCUGGGGAUCUUCCCUCCAUUCCUAGGCACAGACCCACACUCUGAACCUGGUCACAUCAUCAUUGAGUGUAAGGAGGGCUCUUCAACUGCUUUCUACUGUGUCCUGGGCUACAUGGGUGUCCUGGCCUUGGUCAGCUUCAUGGUGGCUUUUUUAGCCAGGAACCUUCCUGACGCCUUCAAUGAAGCCAAGUUCAUCACCUUUAGCAUGUUGGUCUUUUGCAGUGUAUGGGUCUGCUUCCUCCCCACAUAUCAGGGUUCCAAGGGGAAAGCUAUGGUAGCUAUGGAGGUCUUUGCCAUCUUGGCCUCCAGUGUUGGGUUAUUGGGCUGCAUCUUUAUUCCCAAGUGCUAUGUGAUCCUGCUAAGACCAGAAAGGAAUGUUCUGGAAGGGUUAAGGAAUAAAGCAGAUCCCAGAGCCAAGAGCUUUGCCCCAGAGGUUCUUCCAAGGGCAUGA